AUGAGGGUCCUCCUAUGGCUAGUCAGCCUCUUCGUCGGCCUUACGCUGGCUAACGUUGAGAAGACCAUGUUCAUAUCACCCAGUCCGAACAAGGAACAAUCUGCCCUCCUAAAUGUCGAACUAAAGACACUUUCACCUUCUUCGCCCAGUAUUCGAGAACACAUUGAAGCCGAGUUUCCAACUGACACAGCUCCGACUGGGAAAAGAUCGUGGUAUCGCCUUGAAGGGCUGGUUCCUGGGCAACGCUACGAAGUUCGAGUGUGUUGGCUCGCGAUUCAACCAACUGCAUUCUCGCUAUCAACAUAUGAAGCAUAUCAAAUUAUCCAAUCUCCAAAUCUGCUGGUUUCCUUGGCUGAGUUCUCGGAGUCUCAUGUCCACAGUAAGAAAAACAGUACCUCACGUGGAACCGUGGCACACCCUUCCGGAGUGACACUAUUCUUGCUUAUCGAUGCAGCUGCCGACUACUUCACUGCUGAUAAGGCACUGAUGGCCGAUGCCCCACCAGUCCUUGUCGACAUUAUCCUUGACCCAUAUAUAUUCAAUGUUCUUCCUACAUCCCUCGUGCCAACUUUGUGGUACGUAGUAGCCUCAGCCGUGUUUGCAUUGUUCCUCUCGCGAUAUAUUUGGCUCCAGCUUUCAGCCGCAGCAGAUGUGUUGGAUGUCAGUGCAGAUGGUGGAAGCCAAGUUCAGGCUCCAUCGGUUCUGGUACAUACCAAUUGGAUCGGAUCUGCCAGAAAGAAGGAUCACCGAAUUGACUUUUUCAGUUGUUAUUAA